GUUAUAAGGGAGGGAAAAGUUCCUGCGCUGCGAGCCGGGCAGGCGCACGCUGUACGGCGGCCGCAGCGCAGGGCGGGGCCGGCAGGGGCGGCGGCGGCGGAGGAAGCCCCCCGGGAGCGCGACCUCGCUUCCCUCGGCGUCUCGCUCGGACCGCGGCGCGUCCCGGUUCCCGAGCACUUUUGCGCGCAGCCAUGGGCGGCGUCGGGGAGCCGGGCCGGGGGCCGGGGCCGCGGGAGGGGCCCGCGCAGCUGGGGGCGCCGCUGCCCAUCUACCGCUGGGAGCAGAUCCGCGCGCACGACCUGCCGGGCGACAAGUGGCUGGUCAUCGAGCGCCGCGUCUACGACAUCAGUCGCUGGGCACAGCGGCACCCAGGGGGCAGCCGCCUCAUCGGCCACCACGGCGCGGAGGACGCCACAGAUGCCUUCCGUGCCUUCCACCAGGAUCUCAAUUUUGUGCGCAAGUUCCUGCAGCCCCUGCUGAUUGGAGAGCUGGCCCCAGAAGAGCCCAGCCAGGACGGACCUCAGAAUGUCCAGCUGAUCGAGGACUUCCGAGCCCUGCGCCGAGCAGCUGAGGACAUGAAGCUGUUCGAGGCUGAUCCUACCUUCUUUGCUCUCCUGCUGGGCCACAUCCUGGCCAUGGAGGUGCUGGCUUGGCUCAUCAUCUACCUCCUGGGCCCUGGCUGGGUGCCCAGCACCCUCGCUGCCCUCAUCCUGGCCAUCUCCCAGCCCGUGCCCUCCUCUGUCCCUGCCAUGCCUCCCUCCUGCGCUCUCCUGACCCCGCCUCUCGCCCAGGCUCAGUGCUGGUGUCUGCAGCAUGACCUGGGCCACGCCUCCAUCUUCAGGAAGUCCCGGUGGAACCACGUGGCCCAGCAGUUUGUGAUGGGACAGCUGAAGGGCUUCUCUGCCCACUGGUGGAACUUCCGCCACUUCCAGCACCACGCCAAGCCCAACAUCUUCCACAAGGAUCCCGACGUGACCGUGGCUCCUGUCUUCCUCCUGGGGGAGUCAUCUGUCGAGCCCCCUGACCUUGGCCUGGAGAGCUGCUCUCCCCAGCCGCCGCCUGUCUCCACAGUACGGCAAGAAGAAGCGCAGAUACCUUCCUUACAACCACCAGCACCUGUACUUCUUCCUGAUUGGUCCACCGCUGCUCACCUUGGUGAACUUCGAAGUGGAGAAUCUGGCGUACAUGCUGGUGUGCUUGCAGUGGACGGACUUGCUCUGGGCUGCCAGCUUCUACUCCCGCUUCUUCUUGUCCUAUGUCCCCUUCUACGGUGUCCCUGGGGCACUGCUGCUCUUUGUUGCUGUCAGGGUCCUGGAAAGCCACUGGUUUGUGUGGAUCACACAGAUGAACCACAUCCCCAAGGAGAUUGGCCACGAGAAGCACCGGGACUGGGCCAGCUCUCAGCUGGCGGCCACCUGCAACGUGGAGCCCUCCUUCUUCAACGACUGGUUCAGCGGGCACCUCAACUUCCAGAUCGAGCACCACCUCUUCCCCACUAUGCCAAGGCACAACUACCGCAGGGUGGCCCCGCUGGUCAAGGCGCUGUGUGCCAAGCAUGGCCUCCACUACGAAGUGAAGCCCUUCCUCACCGCCUUAGUGGACAUCAUCGGGUCCCUGAAGAAGUCUGGCGAUGUCUGGCUGGACGCCUACCUCCACCAGUGAAGGCAGACCCAGGAGGCAGAGAAGGGGUAAGGGCCAGGGCCUCGGCAGCCACGAGCCGGCGCCCGGCAGGACGGACAGCCCCCCGCGCCCAGCCCGGGCUCCUGAGUGUCCUCCGGCCCUGCUGUCUUUCCCUCCACCCUCUUGCCUGCCUGUUCAGCAGCUCCGUGGCCGUGGCUCUGGGCCCGAAGGACCAGGGGUAGAGGGCGGAUACCCAAGCCACGCGGGGGAGCACAGCAUGUUUUCCUAGCGCAAGAAAUGGGGGGAAACUGUUAUUUUUAUAUAAAAAUCAACCCAGAUAUAUUACGGA